AUGCCUGAAAACAUGCAAGACUGGUUAAACAUGGACACGGACAUCCCGGAUGCGCUCUCGAUGGCGCUGCUGGAACCAUCAGGACUGGAAGUCGGCAUGGAUGACGCAACAUGGGACUCGCUCACGCGAGAAGCCAGCCGCCUCAUCGAAUCCAGCGCCGACACCAGCCCCGACGAUGCACUCUCCACCAACCCGGCGAUCUCCCCGCUGCUCCAACAACAGUCCCUGGGCGACCCAGAGCGUUGGCACAGCGCUCCCGACCUCAAUCGCUGGUUCGUCGACCAGCACCAGCAACCUCUCCCGACCCCCAUGCCCUCGACAACGUCAUCCCAUCACAAUCAACCCCCACCACCACCACAACAACGCCGCCAAUCCUACGCCUCGGCGCCGCCGCCCCCCAAACCCAGCUGCCACUGCCUCCAACUCGCCGCCAGCCUGCUCGAAGACCUGUCGGACAAACGCGCAUGCUCUUUCGACGGCCUCUCCCCCCCGCUCGACGUCCUCCUGCACUUCUCGCGGCGGGCGCUCAACCGCGCGGCGGCCAUCGUGGCGUGCGAGCGUUGCGCGUCGCUCAGCGAGGCCAACAUGCUGCUCGCCAUGGCGACGCAGUACAUGAGCACCAUCUUCGAGCGCGUGGUCAAGGGCUGCAUCGAUAUGCAGCGGGCGAGCAGCAAGAGCGGCGGCGGCGGCAGGCGGGGGCGGGCGUCGCGGAGCGCGUCGCCGCUAGGGGAAGAUGGGGGGUGGGGCAGCGAGAGCGGUAGCAGUGGUGGUGGGGCGGCAGCGGCGGACCACCACAUGUGGUUCUCGAGCUACUGCAUUGAGAAUGUGGGUGAGAGGGCGGCUGCCGUGCAGGGGUUGGCGUCGGUGCAGCUGGAUCAAAAGAUUAAGGCUGUGAGGGCCAUGAUGAUGCUGCCGUCGUCGGAUAGGCCCGGUUCGAAGGGGGGCCAGGAGCGGGGAAGUCUUCUAGAUCUGUAG